GGGGCCACUGGGUGGUCAGCAUUGGGCCGACGAGGCCUUGUGCGGGGACGGAGGGAGAUCGGGGGGAGUUCGUACAGUUAUCGGCGAGCGGGCACGAUGCCGCGAAGUCAGUCCAGGGUGUUUGAGGAUGGGGGGGAGGAUGAGAAUCUGAAGGCGCAGAAGAGAUGCUGCGUGUACAAGUACAUCCGCGUGGGGCAGAGUCUCGGCGAGAGAUUCCGCGGCAAUCGAAUGUUGAAGUGCAUUUUCUGCGGCCACGAGUUCCAGGGCAACCAGUUUGUGGCGGCGCGCCAUUUCCGCCAGGGCAAGGGAUGUCCUGAAGUGACCGACGAGGCACUUGUUGACAUCCACUACAACAGUGAGUACAAGAUGUCUGACAAGUUCUUGCAGCGGAUCCAGCAGUUUGAGGAGCUCCACGGUCCGACGCCUGCGAUGGAUCCGCGACGGGACGAGGGGGGGGAGGGAGAGACGAGGGACGCAGAGGAGCAGAUCGACGUGCACGACGACGUCAAGGAGGUUGCGCGGGCGGGGUCGUCAGGGAGGGAGCGAGGGAAGGGCGUUGUCAGCGAGCCGGGGGGGCAGCAGGGCCAGUACUUUCCAUCAGCGCACGUGUCGGCUCGUACACGGGGAGGUGCAGAUACGGCUGAGGCGGGUCUGUCUGCGGGGAAGAGGAAGGAGAGAGAGGAGGGGACCGACGGCAGCACAGAAGAGGCUGAGGCAAAACACUAUCUCGGAUGCCUGGCGUUCAACGUCUUCCGGAGCGAGCCGUGGUUGGACGUAGUCCGACACUUCAGGGAAUUGUCGGGGCCAGUGAAGGUGUUAUGGCCUUCAGAGAAUGAGAUUGCGGACAUGGAGACCAUUGUCCACACGGCGGACGAUGUGGGGGCUGAUCUCGCGGAGGUCAGGGCUCCUUUCUAUGUCACAGGGGCCACCAUUAUGUCGGACAGAAGGAAGUCACGCGAUGCUAGACCCAUCGCUAACUUCCUUGCCGGCGGGUCCCGUGGGGUGAUGCUCGUCCGGACGAUGAACAGGGAGGGUGAGCGGGAUGGCGCGCCGGAUGUGUUGGCGCACUGGAUCAAGGUGUUCGAAGACUUCUCCCCAAGGUGGGUGAACGCCAUCUGCAUCGACUCCGCCUUGGCGUACGUCGCUGCGGCGAACAUGCUCCAGGGGCCCAAGCAGAGGCCAGAGCAUCGACGGAUCACGUGGCUCCCGUGCGCAGUGCAUGUCUGCAACAAGAUGUUGUCAGACAUUGGCUGUUCGGGCGCGUGGUCCAAGGACAUCGUCGUGAGGGGGAGAGCGGUGGUGCGCUUCAUUAAGGAACACGGCGCCGCUCUCCAUAUUUUUCGGGGGGAGAGCAGGCAGAUGGGCCUCAUUUAUCCUUGCGAGAUACGUUUCGCAUCCGUGUUCGCGAUGGUGGAGCGUUUGCUGGCAGUGAGGUCAGCAUUGGAGAGGACGGUGGAUGGCGACACUUGGGGUAUGGUCCCUUGGGACCAUUCCGUUCGUCACUUGCCUAGGUGGGUGAGGUGGCAGGUGCGGCAUGGCAGCUGGUGGGAUUCCAUGGCCAUCUUGUUCCGUGUCAUGGAGCCCGUGUACGACCUGCUGCGCAGGUUGGACCGUGGAGGGUUGCACAUGUCGCGGGUUGUUGAGUGGACACAGGAUCUGGCCCGCCAGGUAGCAGAGGAGGUUUGUGCACUUCCGACCGAUCUUGCACACCACAUUGUGCAGAGGGUGCAGGCCCGAUGCGCCCACAUGUUGGAGCCGGCGCACGCCGCUGAUCACCUUCUCUGUCCCAGCCGCCGGGACUUGCGGUACUUCGAGGGCGUUGUCAGCGACUACGACGCCAGUUUGGUGAGGGAGGCACGGAGACAGAGAUGCACAGAGGUGCACGGGCAAUGCGGAGACGUACAUGUGGACGUGCUCCUCUCCUGCGGAGAGGAAUUGGGCCGUAUCGGGAUUCGCCCUUCGUGGAAGGGGACGGAUGAGAGCAGGACGCGGGAGGAGCUCGAGGAGCAGAGACGUUCUUGGCAGCGAGACCCAUGUGGGUCGAGAGCUCCUCCGGGUGAUGUGGGCGAUGUUUUUGGUACUCGAGCCACCACAUUGCACCCGUACCCUCGAGACGACAGUGAUUCCGAGGGUGACGAGGACGAGCCAGCGGGCCCCGCUACCGCCGGUCCUGCGGCGGAUGAGCGUGAUGCGUGGAGCUACCCAGAGGACAUCCGGAGACGGAGUGGCGGAGAUGACCUUUUCGUUGGAGUUGACUUGGAGGAGGAGUCCAGGGGUCGUCACGAGAGCCCUCCACAGCGUCAGAGGACUACGUCCGCUGACCCGCGGUCCUUGGAGCGGAAGAGAGAUCCUGGGUCUGCACCUUUGAGGGGGGCAGAGUCGGGGAUUGGUCAUUGUCCUGCGCGUCUAUUGCAGGACAGAUUAGAGGUCGGUUCUUCACCGGUGCAGGGGGACGACGGAGAUAGACAGGGGUUGGCUCGUAGAGAUGGUGGUGCGUUGGCCGGAGGCGGAGGCGGUGCAGAGGUUGCUGCGGCGGUUAAGGCGCACGAGAUUCGGAGUGUCGAGGAUGAGCGAAUACCGAUGACGGGGGGCGGAGCCGGUUUCAAGAGGCUGGAUAGGCUUGAUAGCCGUCGAGCUGGCCUCAUGGCGCAGAGGGACCCCAGGACGCAGGAGCUCGCCCGUCGUGCGACCGAGGAGCGACAGAGGCAGUUGGGAACAUUUACGCCGGCGUCCGUUGACGUAGCACCAACUGCCCACACGGAUCCUCCGGCAGAGGUUCACGACACGCCGCAGCUGGAGGCGGCUUCAGCAGAGGUUUUGAGCACUGGAGUAGAUGUUCACCAGGGGACGCACGAAAGCGGAUUGGCACCGACAGAGGAGACACGUUCGGAGCCGGUGCAGCCUCCUGCCGUCCAGGUGAGGCCCGAGGAGACGUUGCACGAGGUCACGACCGUCCCUCAGACUCCUCUGCCCAGGGGUUUAGUCGAGGGUGCCGUGCAGAUGUCCCCGGGUCUGGAGGACAUACAGACGGGGCAGUCAGUGAGCGUUGAUGAUAUUCGCCCAUCGGCACAGGCCGAGGGGAUAGCAGCCACCACUGGGGGGGAGGGGGCCGUUGGUGUUGGCAAGGUGGGGGUGCCUGCUCAGGCCGAUCCGAUGUCCACGUCUGACGGGGGAGAUUCCGCACAGUUGGAGAGGCGUGAAGUGGACGGCCAGGAUAUGCCACAUACUUUGGUGGUUCGCUCCACUGUGGGGCCAGUGGUGCCACAUCAGGCACCUUUUUUUGAGGGUAAUAGGGGUCGUGCACAUGGCGGUGGCCUGGUUGAGGAGCGACGUGUAGGUAGGGGCGCGUGCAUACCCCUAGUCCCUACUUUUGCGCUGUCAUGGGAGAGGCCGGAGAUUAGGUGUGUGGCGACGCCUCGGGGCAGCCUCCCUUUUGGUUUUAUGAGCGCUGAGGAGUUGGAGGAGCACGACAGGACGGAUUUGACGGAGAUCAACCGGUGUAUUUUCAAAACGGUCCCUGAGGAGGGGAAGCUGCCGCACGUGGAGGACUUGUCUUGGGGGCCAGCCAGCCCUGGCUUACCUUCUGGAUGUUCCGUCGCAGCGCCAUCUGGCGAGGCCGCAGGGGGCUUACGUUCUAGAGGAUCCGUCGCAGCAGCAUCUGGCGGGGCCGCAGGGGACUUACCUUCUGGAGGUUCGGUCGCAGCGCCGUCUGGAGGCACCGCAGGCCCUUCGUCACCCAUGACCGCAGCUCUGAGGGAGGGCGGCAAUCUCACCCCGAGGUCGGCUGAGCAUAGACGGAGAGACACCGCCCAGCGUGCGAGGGAGUUGCUGGACACCAUGUUGUUCGGUCGCACUGAUCGACCAUGGAGCGAGACGAGACGGGUGACGACGGCGAGUGCCGGUCGUCAGCCAGGUUUGAGAGGGGCUACCACGGCCGUGAGACGUUGAGAUGCUAUAGCUUCAGGGUUUGGUGGUAGACGCGGUGGCGGCGGUGGCAGCAGUGGCCAAGGCGA